AUGGCGCAUGUAGGUGAAUGUACAGAACACAAAUAUUUCUUGGAUGUGUUGAAUUUAUUUUUUGAAACUCAAUGGCUAUAUAAUACACCGGUUACGGAUUUAUUAACAAAAGGAUUACUUGAUUUAUUUCCGAAGGAGUGGUUAAACGUGUUACAGACGUUAGAAAAUCAAGAACUCAAUGACUUUGUUGUGACAAAAAAGACGAAUUCACAAUGGCCAAAGAGCUUGAAGGCAUUUCUUGAAAAAUGCAGACAUACUGAUCGAUUACCAAACUUAAAUACCAUAUUACUAACAAAACUACCAAAAAAAUUUCAAAUAGGACUUAAUGACAAAAAGCAACACGAAAUAUCACAAUUAGCAAACUUGGUGCACAUGCAAUGUGCACCACGUAACAUUAAAAUUAUUGUCGAUUUUGGCGCUGGUUUGGGAUAUGUUUGUCAAUUACUAUAUCAUUUGUAUGGCUAUCGAGUUCUUGGAUUAGAAAAAAAUCAUGCGAAUGUAAAUAAUGCCAGAACCAGACAAUCAAAAUUGUAUCCUGAUUCAUUAACACAUGUAAAAUACAAUUGUUGCGAUUUAACAUAUAAUUCUGUUGAGACGAUAGAAACAAUUUUACGCGACGAAUUUCAAGAAAAUUCAGAUGUUUGUUUAAUUGGUUUACAUGCUUGUGGAGAUCUUAGUAUACAUGCAUCAAAAAUAUUUCGUGAUAUGCAAGCAGCUCGGAUUUUUGUUAUGAUUUCUUGCUGCUAUCAUAAACUUUCAAUAUCAAAAAGCAUAAAAAUAAAUGCAUCGACUGAAAAGCAAUAUUUUAAUAAUUUUCCCUUAUCUAACUGUUUCAACAGUGUAAUUGUGCACAAUAAUUUUGAUGUUGGUUCUUUUUUAAGACAGCCGUUUUUACGACUAGCAUGCCAAGAACCAGCAGAACGAUGGAAUAAUAUGUCCAUUGAAAGUCACAAUAAACAUUCUUUCUAUGUCCUUGCAAGAGCACUUCUUCAAUUAUAUGCAACUCAAAAUGGUUUUUCUCUUACAAAACGUACUCAGAAAGGAACAAGAAAAUCGCAGUGUUUAAACUUUGAAACUUAUAUUAAAGACUCAUUAAAUAGAUACAUUUUGCAACCACAAGAAGAGAAAAAUAUCAAAGAACAAGGUAUACAAGUCAAUGUUGACGAGCAUGAGAAAAAUAUAAUAAAGCUAUGGAAAAUAUACUGUGAUAAACUAAAGGUAGUAGAACUUUAUACUGCCCUACAAUUAAUAUUACAAGCGUCGGCAGAAUCCCUUGUACUUCAAGAUAGAUUAUGUUGGAUGCAUGAAGAGGGUUUCGAAGCAACGAUUAUCCCAGUUACGAACAAACAAUUGUCUCCUCGAUCACAUGCAAUUGUAUGUUGCAAAAGAUAAU